AUGACAAAUAAAAUUGAAACAACAACAACAACAACAACAUCAAUUGAUGAUGAAUUACUUGUUGAUGUUGUAAGUUUAAAUGGUAAUAGUAGUUUAUGUAUUGAUUCAUCUCAUCAUACAACAUCAUCAUCAUCAUCAACAACAUCUUCAUCAUCACCAAAUCAUUCAAUUGAUUCAAGUCCACAUUCACCAACAUCAUCAUUAUGUGGUGGUACAGAAGAUGAACAUACAAAUUCUUCAACACAAAAAUCAUCAUCAUCAUCAACUAAACAACAUAUUGUUAAACCACCUUAUUCAUAUAUAGCAUUAAUAACAAUGGCUAUAUUACAAUCUCCAUCACGUCGUUUAACAUUAAGUGGUAUAUGUGAAUUUAUAAUGAAUCGUUUUCCAUAUUAUAAAGAACGUUUUCCAGCAUGGCAAAAUUCAAUACGUCAUAAUUUAAGUUUAAAUGAUUGUUUUUUAAAAAUUCCACGUUCACCAGGAAAUCCAGGAAAAGGUAAUUAUUGGACAUUAGAUCCUGCUAGUGAAAAUAUGUUUGAUAAUGGCUCAUUUUUACGUCGUCGUAAACGUUUUAAACGUUUAAAUCAUCAUCAUCAUCAUCAUCAUACAGCUUGUUUUCAUCAUGGAUCUGUUGUAUCAUCAACAGGAGGAGCACCACCAUCAUUUCCUCCAAUACCAUAUCCAUUUAUUCCAACAUCAUCAACAAUAAAACGAUGUUUUCCAUUAUUACCACCACCAUUACCUAUACUUCCUCCACCACCGCCAACAAUACCAAUUAUUCAUCAUAAUCAAAGAUCAAAAACUUCAUUUACAAUUGAUAAUCUUAUUGGAAAUAAUAAAACAUCUUCAUCGUCCUCUUCCUCCUCAUCAUCAUCAUCAUCAACAAAUGUUAAUUCUGUAUUAACGAUAACUAAUCGAGAAACAUUUCGUGUAUGA